CAUCAAAAUUAAUGAACAAGGUCGAUGAUGUACAAUUCUUAGACAUGAAUUUUGUCCUCUAUGGCGCUCCAUAGUAUGACUCUACAAACUAUUAUAGCUAUAGGAGAAUGUUCCCCUCAAGGUUAUUUCUCUGCUGUCUGCUGGGAAGUGCUUCCCUAGUGUAUGGGCAGGCUUUGAUUCGACUGGCAGCAUCCAAUGAGGCCUCUCCUGCUGACCACACUCGAGAGAUCAUCUCAUUCUCUGAUGUUGGAUCAGGAGCUAGUGGUCUACCACGCCCCUGGUAUUGCUACACCGAAGACACUGGUAGUGUAUUGUGGCUGUUCCCCAAUGGGAGUGAAUUGCCCAUAUACCAAAGUAGAGGGGUGGCAGUUCAGGACGAAGUGUUCAUCAGAUAUAUUCCUACAUCUAAUUUUGGCGUUGCUCUGUAUCGUGGUCCCAUGCACUUCAGUCCUGAUGGAGAACACUGCUGUGUGAGGAAUAACACAGCACUGAGGAGAUGUGUCACCUUCACUCCCUGCCCCACACUGAGUCCCCUGUCUAAUGGAAGGAUCUCAUACAAUGCAACCACCAACAUGGUCACCUACACCUGUGACACUGGGUACAACAUCAGUGGAGCUACUCCGAUAACUUGUAUGAGUGAUGGUACAAGCAAUGGUACCUGGUCUCCAUCACCACCUACAGUUACUUGUGCACUUGUGGAUUGUGGCUCCCCACCUCCCCCUGGCAACAAUGCAUCUCUUGGAAUACUCACCAGAACAACCUACCAAGGGACAGUGACCUACACCUGUGACGGUGGGUAUGAGGUCUCCAAUGGAGUCACCACAGCAAUGGCUACCUGUAUGGCUAGUGGGAUGUGGGAGCCUCUACCAACUUGUCAACCUGUAAAUUGUACGCUCCCUCCCCCUGGCAACAAUGCAUCUCCUGGACAACCAUCUAGCACAGUGUACCAAGGAUCAGUGACCUACACCUGCAACACUGGAUAUUGGAUCUCCACUGCAGUCACCACAGCAACAGCUACCUGCAUGGCGAAUAGGAUGUGGGAGCCUGUACUAGCUUGUACAGCUGUUGACUGUAAUGACAUCCCCGCCCCCUCCAAUGGAACAGUGAACACAUCCUCUGGAACCACCUUCAUGAUGAAUGCUACCUACACCUGUAACACUGGAUACAACAUUGUUGGAGAGGACACUCAAACUUGUGAGGCAAACAGAAUGUGGACUCCAGAGGCCCCCACUUGUGCACCUGUUGACUGUGGUCCCCUCACUGUUCCUAACGGGCAAGUCAACACAACCUCUGGAACCACCUUCAUGAACACUGCCACCUACACUUGUGAUGAUGGAUACAAUCUCAAUAGAGUAUCAGAUAGAACCUGUCAAGCUAAUGGAACCUGGAGCCUAACAGCACCUACCUGUGAUCCUGUUGACUGUGGUUCCCUAAAUAACACUGCCAAUGGAUCAGUGGACACAUCCUCUGGAACCACCUUCAUGAUGACUGCUACCUACACCUGUAACCCUGGAUACAACAUUGUUGGUAAUGAGAGCAGAACUUGUGGAGCAAGUGGAACAAGUGGAGUGUGGCCAGGAGAAGCUCCAGUGUGCAACUUGAUUCCUUUGAGCAGUGGACCAAUGAAUGUCAUUGCCAACAACUCUGUCUUAUCACUGGCGGCCAUUGGAUCCUCUGCCCUCACCUGUCACACUGAGCUCACCACCUGCUGCAGAAGAGUGGACAACAACGGCAAUGCUCUCGGGGAGUGGAGAGGACCAAAUGGUGACAGCAUUCCUGACUCGAAUACCAAUGGAUUCUACGUGUCACGAGGUAUAAGCUCCAUUAGUCUGAACCUUGCAGAGGGAUCCAGUGAAGUAGCUGGUACCUACUGUUGUCAAGUGCCCAGGGAGAGUGGAGCAACCACUACACAUUGUGUCAUGGUUACUGUCUCUGCUUCUCUCUCUAUUGCUGCCGUUGCUGGUGGGAUAGCCGGUGCUAUAGUGGUGGUCAUUCUGGUGAUCCUGCUCAUCAUAUUCCUUGUAUUGUUCCUAAGACGAUCACGGAAGAAGCAGUAUGAACCUGCUGUCAAAAACUCUGGUCUCUCUACUGUAUACAGUGAUGCCAGUGAUGAAGGCGUGGCUACCAUAUCAAAAGACCACGAGCCUACCAUCACUGGCUUCUCAAGUGAGAGCAGAGCUAAUGAAGGGGAGGAGGUAGUCAUUAAGCCCAAGGUAGGAGGUCACCCUCCACCCAGUCUCACCUGGUACCACGAUGGUAAGAAGGUGACUGCAGACUAUGCCAAAGAACUGGACCAGGACGGUGGAUUAUCCUUCCCUUGUGUGGAGACUAAGCAUGCUGGUGUGUAUAAGCUGGUGGCCAGUGGACCUUCUGGCACAGCUGAGAAAGAACUCCAGUUGAUAGUGGUACCAGAGGGAGAUGAGGAAGAAGAGGUGACAGAUAAGGUGGACCUCACUCCUAUACCAGUGGAUGGGUUUGGAGCAUAUGUCACUGAGCAGCAUGCUAAUGGCAAUAAGAAGUUUGCCAGUAACUAUUUGGGUCUCGGUGGCAAGGAAGGUGAACACUCAACAGCAAUUGCCAAACAGCACAAGGAGGAAAAUAGAUUUGGAAACAUUCUUGUGUAUGAUGACAACCUCAUUAUCCUAGACCCCAUCCCUGGACAAGAGGACUGUCAGAGUGACUACAUCAAUGCCUGCUAUGUAGACGGUUUUGUCAAGCGAAACAAGUUCAUUGCUUCUCAAGGACCACUACCCAAUACUGUGGUGGACUUCUGGCGCAUGAUGUGGCAGGAGAGACCACCCAUAAUAGUCAUGCUCACCAACGUCAUGGAGAACAAUAAGACCAAGUGUCAACAAUACUGGCCUGACAGUGGCAGUGUGAGCUAUGGCCCCUUCACAGUCACCAUCACAGACCAGCAGGUCCUGGCUGACUACACUGUCAGAAACCUACUACUUGCAAUCAAAGGAGAAAGUGGGAAACCUUUCAAGACCACCCAGUUUCACUUCACAACAUGGCCUGAUCAUGGUGUGCCUGACUAUGCCACGCCCAUUCUUGGGUUCCACCGUCGGGUCAAGUCCCAACACAAGCCAUCAAGAGGUCCCCUCCUGGUCCACUGCAGUGCUGGUGUGGGACGCACAGGCACUUACAUUGCCAUUGAUAAUGUCCUCGAUCAGAUCGCAACCGAGGGUAUCGUCGAUAUUUCCGGUACCAUUGUCAAAUCUCGCAACCAGAGGAUGAAAAUGGUUCAGACCCGGGACCAAUAUGUGUUCAUCCACGAUGCUAUCCUGGAGUCAGUGACGUGUGGAGACACUCAAAUCAGUGCUGCAGAUCUGCACAGACAGAUACAGAAGAUGUCAUCAGUGGCCCCGGGAAAAACCAUCACAGAAUUCCAAUACCAAUUCCAAAUUCUGGAACAGGUAUCUCCAAAUCCGAAUGAGGUCAACUGCAGUAGUGCAUUGAGACACAAGAACCUGAACAGGGGAAUACAGUACUUACCAAUUGAGAAUCACCGUGUGUUCCUAAAAGGGCAGGAGCCUGGCCGUGACUACAUCAAUGCCGUCUUUGUCAAUGGCUACAAGCACCAGAAGGCAUACAUCAUUGCCCAGAAUCCACUGGACUCAACUGUGCGUAACUUCUGGAAGAUGAUCUAUGACAGGAAGUGUGCGGCUGUUGUGAUGUUGACUCCACUCAGUGAGAAUGGGAAGGAGGCAUGCUCCCAGUACUGGCCAGAGUGUGGCAAUGUCACCUCCUUCGGUGAGUUCACCAUUGAUAACUUGGGGGAGGAAGUCAACACUGGAUUCGUUAUGAGGCAACUGAGCGUACUUAACAAGAAGACAAAAAAAACUCUGCAAAUAAUUCAGAUCCAAAUUCUUGAUUGGAAGUCGACUGGUGCAUGUGCAAACUUCAAGAUUAUAACUGACGUCAAUGAGGAGGUUGUAAAGGUUCAAAGGAGGACUGGAAACAAGGCGAUUGUGGUCCACUGCAGUGACACUGCGACCCGCUCUGGUAUGUACUGCUCUGUAGCUACUACCAUUGACCGUUGCAAGACAGAGGGAGUGGUGGAUGUGUUCCAGGUGGUCAAGGCUCUCAGGGUCCACAAGCCAGGGGCAGUACCCUCAGUCGACAACUACAAGGAUGUUUUCGAGGCCUUGUUGGUCUACUUGGACUCCUUCGAUACUUAUGCAAACUUUCUCUGAAACUAAAAUGGAAACUAGAACUGGGUAGCAGCUUUUGUUCCGCUCACAUUUGGGAGGGGGAGAUUCUAAUAUAAUGUGCACAUGUUUGAAGUUAGACGUAGGAUUUUAGUUUCGUGUAUUGCCACAAUGUCCUUUUAGUCUUUUCAGUAUAA